GACCAAGUGACAAAAGACCGCCAUAUCUCCUCUCGCCAUCUCGUCCUUUCAUCCUCAUGCCUCUGAAGGCUUUGAAUUAAUUUUCACGUUUAUUCAGAGCACUUGCUGAGGGCACAACAUGACGGACAAGCUCCCCCCUCCGCUUCUGGCGCUCUUCCAACCUCGCCCGCCUCUGCGUUAUGUCACCCCCAUCAACCGUGCCCCAGAAGACUGCAAGAAGAGUAGCAUCGGUGGUAUUGCGCAGUUCCUUCCUGAGGUGAAGAAGUAUGAGGAAGAGAUCCCAUAUACGCCUACGGAAAGCUGGAUCCAGCGCAAACUGCGCCAGAAAGUGGAGAAGAAAGAGAACAUUAACAAGCAAUUGACGGAAGGCCUCGAGACCUAUGAACCAUCCAACGACCAACAAGCACGAGGCGACCCGUUCAAGACGCUGUUUGUCGCUAGACUGAGCUACGAUGUCAAGGAAUCGGACCUGGAACGGGAAUUUGGUCGUUUCGGCCCUAUUGAACGGAUUCGCAUCGUGAAAGACACCGUAACGCCAAAGGGCUCGAAGAAACCACACAGGGGAUAUGCUUUUAUUGUCUAUGAGCGCGAAAAGGAUAUGAAAGCUGCCUACAAGGAAACGGAUGGUAUCCGCAUCAAGGACCGCCGUGUCUUGGUAGACGUCGAGCGCGGUCGUACAGUCAAGGGAUGGAAGCCUCGUCGCUUUGGUGGUGGUCUUGGAGGUCGUGGUUACACCAAGGCUUUGCCCUCUCGACCUAUCGGCCCUGGCUCUUUCAACGCCCCCUCUGGUCCCGGCGGCUAUGGUGGUGGAUUCCGGGGUGGGUUCGGUGGCAGAGGUGGUUUCAAGGGAGGAUUCCGCGGUGACCGUGGAUUUGGUGGGCCCCGCGGGGGUGUUGGAUACCAAGGUGGUCGCAACGGAUUCGGUGGAGGCGGACAGGCUCCCCCCAACGCCCCUUCAGGUCCGGGAGGCGGACGCAGCGGUGGGUUUGGUGGUCCCCCUGGCGGCGGCAGAUUUGAGCGUGAACCCCGGGGCGCCACUGGCAGCAACAGAGAACCCAUCAGGCCCCGGGACGGGUUUGGCGACCGCGAUCGUCGAGACCGUGAUCGGGACCGCGACGGUGACCGUCACCGGGACCGUGAUAGGGAUAGUUAUCGCUAUCGUGACCGCGACCGUGAACGCGACCGCGAUCGUGGUGACAGGUACGGAGGCCGGGGCGACGACUACGGGCGGAAGCGAUACCAUGAAGAUGAUUCGUAUGAUGACCCCCGUGCGAAGAGAAGAUACUGAACCACUGUCCGCGAAGGAUAUCCCCAUUCCAGUGUUUAAUGACGGUUUGCUGGUGGGUAUCAUUAACUUGGUCUUUCUCUUGUUAUACCCCGUUGCAGCAAUGGGUAAGGCAAGGUCAAAUAAGGCUCAAGCUCCGUGCUACAUCGGACUUCAACCAUCGUAUAACUCACAACAGUUGAAGUGCUCCGUACGCAUCUUUCCUUCGUAAUCCUGGUUACGUUACGAGAUAUCCAUCUUCCAUUGGAGCAGGCGCAAUUUCCCCUCGAAGGUCGAUUUCCGCCGUUGCAGCAGACAGA